AUGGAAUCAUCAGGGGAGGACCCUUUGAUGAACAAAAGCUCGAGUAAAUCAUCUGUAAUAGAUUCGAUAAAAGGGUGUUCAUUGAAGGGAAUGCGUAUUCCAAAAGAUGAAUUAAGGCGAAGGAUCACCAUGCCUGAGUAUUUACGUUUAGCUAUUCGUGAUGCCAUUGAGGCCAAAAAUAUUGAUGCAGGGAAACAACAUUAUGAUAGCAUUUUCCUUUCUGUUGUGGCGGUUGUUGGUGGUGGCGAUGAAACUCCUCUUGUUGCUCCUGAAACGCCGUUGGUUGUUUUUGUCAAUUCUAAAAGUGGUGGACGUCAUGGCACCGAGCUUAAAUCUAGAUUGAAGGAUUUCAUGGGUGAAGAACAGAUUUUUGAUCUUCAAGAUGUGAAGCCUCAUGAAUUUGUUCAAUACGGAUUAGCCUGCCUGGAAAACUUUGCUGCUCUUGGAGACAACUGUGCUAAAGAAAGUCGCGAAAGAUUAAGAAUUAUAGUUGCAGGAGGUGAUGGGACUGUGGGUUGGGUCCUUGGGUGCCUUGGGGAGCUUCAAAAACAGGGUCGAGAGCCCGUUCCACCAACUGCAAUUAUACCUCUUGGUACAGGGAACGACUUAUCCAGGAGUUUGGGUUGGGGUGGUUCAUUUUCUAUCAAAUGGAAAGCAGCAAUUAAAAGGGUUUUAGAUCGAGCUGUUCAUGCUUCACUUGCUCGUCUUGACAGUUGGAACCUUGUGUUGUCAAUGCCGUCUGGUAUAGAAUUGGACACUCCUCAUGCAUUGAAGGAAACAGAAGAGGUUGUUCUUGAUCAGGAUCUAGAAAAUGAAGGGAACUUACCAGAGGAAGUCUCUUGCUACCAAGGAGUCUUUUACAAUUAUUUCAGCAUAGGAAUGGAUGCCCAAGUGGCUUAUGGUUUCCAUCAUCUACGGAAUGAGAAACCAUAUCUUACACAAGGCCGUAUUGCAAACAAGAUCAUUUACUCUGGAUACACCUGCAAACAAGGAUGGUUUUUAACGCCGUGUAUAAAUGACCCGAGCUUGAGGGGACUAAAAAACAUUUUAAGGAUGCAUAUUAAAAAAUUAAACAGCCAAAACUGGGAGCUGCUUCCGCUUCCAUCAAGUAUUAGGUCUAUAGUCGCGUUGAAUCUUAAUAGCUAUGCAAGUGGAAGAAAUCCAUGGGGUAACUUGAAGCCAGAAUAUUUAGAGAAGAAAGGUUUUGUCGAGGCUAAAUUGGACGAUGGUCUCCUGGAAAUCUUUGGAUUUAAGCAAGGAUGGCAUGCAUCAUUUGUUAUGGUUGAUUUGAUUUCAGCAAAACACAUUGCUCAGGCAGCUGCAAUUCGAUUUGAGUUAAGAGGUGGAGCAUGGAAAGAAGGCUUCAUGCAGAUGGAUGGAGAACCAUGGAAAGUACCCAUAAACACCGAAUUCUCUACAUUUGUAGACAUCAAAAGGGUACCAUUUCAAUCUGUUUUGGUUAAAGGAGAGAACAACCAUUCUUGAAAGAUAUGAUGUAAACUAAUA